AUGGAUUAUUUUAAAAAUAUUAAUGAUCAUUCAACAGAAAAUAAUGAACCUUAGCUUGUAAAAAAGAUAUCUAUGGUGACUUUUUAAGAUAAUUACCUCGAAAAAAGACACUAAAGUACAUUUAAUAAUUAAGAAUCGCUUUUAAACUUAAAUAGAAGAAAGAGUAGCUUCAAAACAUUCAUAGGAUUUCAAAAUAACCUGAACUAGCAUAAUAAAGUUGUAAUCCAAUAGUUUUGUCCAAAGACAGAGGGCUCAUAACUUGACGAUUCUGAAGAUAUGAUUGAUGUUUUAAGGCCUAAAUAGAAAACUGAUUCACAAAAUAAUGCAAAUGAUUAGAAUAAAUAAUUAGAUUUUAAUAAAAGAAGAGCAUCGAUUUAUCCACAAAAUUUGGAAUCUGUUUUAAAAAAUAACAGGAGAUAGUCAUAUGUUUUUUAAAAGUAGUUUACUAUGAAUUUAAAUUCAUAAAAAUUGAUAAGUUAAGAUCAAAAUAGUGGUAAAUCUCUCAAUUAAAGAAGCUCAUAAUAUAUGCAGUAGAGAGUAAGUAUUAACUUAGAUAAGAAUUAGAUAAAUUCAUAGAGAUAGUUAGCCAGAGAGAGAUUAAAAAAAAUAUUCAGAAAGGGAAUGUUGCUAAAUAAAACAGUCAAAAUAUUUGCAUAAGUGAUAGGUGCAAGGUAUAUUCAAAAGAAAACCGAGUUCUUGUUUAGCAAGGACACUUACUUUAAAAUAGAUUUACAAAAAUCAAAGUAUUUCGAUGACAUGCUUUAAGGUAAAGGGUUAUUCUCUCGAGAAUACAUCAAUUCUUAAACUGAAUUUUUGAAGGCCCUUUUAAACUUGCAAAUAGACUUAUCUAAUUAAAUUCAUGCAGAGAUAGCAGUCAAUCUAUUGAAAAAGAAAAUAAAAUCUUAAUUAGAAAUGCAAUACUUAUCUAAAUGCCUAAUUAACCUUGAUUUAUUUAAGCAAAACUCCAAUAUUUUAGAAGAUUAGGACAGUUUAAAAAUAAUUUUCUCAGAGAUAAAUUAUGUUUUUUUUCCUAAAAACUCGAUCAUUUUCAAUUUCGGUGAAUAUGGGAACAAUUAUUAUGUUCUUCUGAAAGGAAAAGUUUAUUGCUUCAUACCUAAUUAGGAGAAGAAGGAUUAACUCAUUUUUUAGCAGAUGGAAAAUGAGAGGAGAGCUAUAAAAUCUAAGAAACUCAUACAGCUUUCAGGCCAAUAAAUAGAUAACUCUCCAGUUUCAUAUGAGUAUAUUAAAUCUCCAUUACAUAGAUUAAACUCUACAAAUCUUACUUGGAGCUCAAAAUAGAUAGAGCCAAAUAAGGUUGCUUUACACAAUUUUUAAAAUGAACGAAGAGGAAUAUCCCCAAAUAAACAAAGAGAUAAUAAUAAGAGUAGACAGCAAAAUCUUCUUUAUAAUUUAAUGAAUGAGAAUUAAUAGGAUAACUCUACUGAAGCAGAUAAUAUAAGCUUAACAGCAGAUGAUAAUAAUGAAUAAUUAGAUUGCUUUAACAUGAUUAUGAAACAGGCAUUCAAUUAAAGCAAAAAGGAAAUUACAAUAAACAAAAAAAAGUAAAACAAAACUAACUCAAAUAUAAAUGAAGAUAUUCAGUACUAACAGACAUAUUUUCCAGACAUGAAUAUGGUAAAGAUAUAUACUCCAGGUGAAGCGUUUGGUGAAAUUGCAUUAAUGACUAAGGAAAGAAGGACAGCAAGUAUGGUAUGCAAAGAAGAUUCUCACUUAAUGGUGCUAAGCAAAGAAGGUUUUGAGAAAAUUCUCGGAAGUUAUUAGUAGAGUAUUGUAAAACAAAAAGUGAGUUUUUUGAAAUCUUUUUCAUUUUUUGAAAAAGUAGCUAACAGCUAGUUAAUGAGCUUUUUGCAUUGCUUCAAAAUCCUUACUUUUACACCAAAAUCGACAAUUUAUCUAGAAAAUGAUCCUGCUAAUGAAAUUUAUUUGAUAAAAUCAGGAGAAGUCCAAAUCUAAAAGUAAAUUUAUGUUGAAUAAAAACUUCAACAGCAACUCAGUAGGGAAGCGAAUAGCUAAUCGAUGGAUUAAACAAAUAUAUUAUUCAACAAGCAUUUGCAGAAGAAUAGAAAGUAAUCUCAAAAGAGAAUAAUUUAAAUUAAAAGUUUAGGUCCAGUUUAAUAUUUUGGAUAGGAUGAAAUACUAUCUUAAGAGCCCAAAAGACUUUUUAGAGCAGUAGCCCUGUAACAAACCUAACUUUACAUAAUUAAUAAAAAGGAGUUUUUUAGUUUUCUGAAGUACCAAAAGUAACUGAAUAUAUUUAAAGAUUAGUGUCAAGUCAAAAAAACAUGGCUAAAGAACAGAGAAGAAGAAGUUACAUAAGUGGUUUCUCUCUAAGAAUCCAACCAAAAAACAUAUACUCCAAUAGAAAUAACUCCUUCCAAAACAUAAGAUCCCACAUUUUAAUUUAAUACAACUUCAUAAAAUUUAAAGUCUCUUAAAGAUAGUAAAUAAAACUCAACUUAUAUAAAUAAUACAUUCUCCAUAAAUAAUAAUAAUAAUAAUAAUAAUAAUAAUACUUUUAAUAACAACAAUUAUACUAAUAAUAACAAUACCAAUAGCAGUUUUUAAUCUCCUACUAUAAAACCCUAAGAAAAAUUUUUUUAAUUUUUUUAAACCUCAGUGAAUAAUUUUGAGAAAAAUUCACCAAUAUAAUAGAUUAAUUGGUAAUAAUAAUAUUUUUUCCCUUAGGAAUAAAGCUAAAUACCAAAUAUUUAGUUUCAAAAUGAAAGUACUAUUCAGUCUCCAUAAAGUAAAUCCAGCUAAAAUAACUUGGCUCAUCAAAAUAUAUUUUCAUCUUUAAAAAAAAAAAAAAAUAUGAAAAGCCAAAGUAUUAAUAAUGCUUCUAGCAUUAAAAAUAUUUUUCAAAAUCAGAAACUGCAACAAAUCAAUAAUCCCCAAAAAGAAGAGGAGGAAGAAAUCUUAUCUAAAUCUUCUAUUAAAUAAAGAGUUGUAAAAUUUUCAAAUGAUCUCCUCUAAAAUAAGAAAAAAACACUUGAAAAAAUAUCUAACAGAACAAGCAUAGAACUUAAAAAACCAGAUUAGCCAACUUCUCAUUACUUAGACUUAUAAAAGCUCUUAAAAAUAAAUGAAUAAAAUUAAGUAAUUAUGAAGGAGAUUCAAAGCAAGAAAUACUCAAAUGUUUCAGUAGAAAGAUUACAUACAGAUGGUCCAUACAAAAGCAAUAAUUUAGAUAAUAUUUUUGAUAUCUUAACAAGGUCAUCUAAAAAAGAAUAUAAAUAUGCAAAUUCUAAAAAUAAAUUCUUUUUUCCUGAAUAAAAUAACAAUAUAAUUUCUCCUAGAAGCGAAAAAAGUUGCAAUAACUUAAAAUCUUUUGGUAGAAUUAAUGAGAUGCCAUCAGAAUCACCUAUGACAACUCUCAGUUUUUCAAAUAGUAUUAAAAAACCAAACUACCUCUUAAAAUCUUUCCUUUCAAAACCUUAGUUGGACAUAUAAAAAAAAUCAAAUUAAAAUGAAUCUUUUAUAAAAAGUGGUAUAGAUUUACAAGAAAAAAAUGAUGAUUCUUUCUAAAAUAGAUACACAAAACACGUUAAUCAAUCAGAUUUGAGUUUAAUUAAUAAUUUUACAUAUGCAAAUUACUAUAAUAAAAAUACAAUUACCAACACUCAUAAAGCAAUAAACAGAUCUUAAGAUUUUAAAAUAAGUGUUCCGAAAAAUUUGUAAGCGAAUCAAAGUUUAAAUGAACUUAAGAUUAAAAGCUCAGAAAGUUCUCCGCUGAGUAUUUAUUAUGAUAAGUAAGAUGACAUAAAAGAAGAUGAAAUUUAGAAAGAAAAAGAAGUCUAAUUAUCUUUCACUAGUUUUAUCUAGCAAAACUCAGAUCCAGUGACAAAUUAAACACAAACUGUUUAAAAAAAUAAAAAAAAUGAAUUUUAAUAAUUUUUUUAAAAUAAUGAAGUUUUAAAAAAUAAAAGCAUUCUUAAAAUUAUCAAAUUUUAAUAAAAAAACAAGUAUAUUUUUAAGUAGCUAUAAUAAUACAAUAGCAGCACAUUUGACAACAGCUUAUAGGAUCAAUAAACAAAUAAAUAAUUUUCUUGA